AUGUCCCGUUUUUUUUUGAAGACAUAUGAGUACGAUUCAACGUCUUCUGGUGAAGAAGAAGACUUGUUAUCUCAAAGUGAAGAGGAUUUAGUUUCAUCCUCCAGUGAGGAAGAAUUAUCUGAUGACUCUUUCUUCAACGACUCUGAUGAGAGUUCCGAUAAUGAUGAAGACAAUGAUUCUGAUAGCAAACCCUACGGCCCUGACUGGUUCAAGAAGCCAGAAUUCAGAAAAGGUGGUGGUUCAGGUGCUAACAAGUUCUUGAAAUCUACCAACUAUUCAUCUGAUGAAGACUCAUCCGACGAAGAAGAUGGUAAGAAGGUUGUGAAGUCAGCAAAAGAGAAGUUGUUGGAUGAAAUGAAAUCUAUUUACCAAAAAAUUGAUUCCGCAGAAGCCCAACAAGAUUGGGAAUCAUUAUUAAACCAUUUGGAAACCAUUUUGAAAUUAUACACAAAAGCCCAACAACAAAACUACGGUACACCUAAUAUCUUUGUGAAGUCAUUGGCUAGAUUUGAAGAUGCGGUAUCUGCUACUUCUCAGGAUGAAAUUAAGAAUAAGGCAGUUGCAAGAGCUUAUAACACCACCAAGCAAAGAGUUAAGAAGUUAAUCAGAGAAAACGAAACCUCCGUUAAGGCUUACAGAGAAAACCCAGAGGACUUUGACAAGGAACCUGUCUUAGAUGCUGAUAUAGACUCAAGAGAUGUCUCUGCUACUCCAUUCUCCUUGAGUGGUAAGAAGAAUUUAGACUUGGCAUCCGUGGCAAAUAACAUUUCUGAGCUAGACUUUUUCAAGACGUUGAAUAUUAUCAUCGAUUCUAGAGGUAAGAAAAACACUGACCACACAGAACAAAUUAAAACCACCGAAGAACUAUUGAAGAUUGCCAAGACUCCAUAUGAAAAGAUCUGUACAUACUUGAACUUGAUUCCAAUCAGAUUCGAUGCAUCUGUAUCCUUAUCAUACCAACCACUAGAACAAUGGAAAGCAUCAAAGGAUAACUUGGAUGGUUUAUUGGAAGUGCUGGAACAAGAGAUCGACCACUAUCAAGUUACUGAAUUUGCCCCAAGAAAUGAUUUCAUUGAAGAUGAACCAGAAGCUAAUGAGCAUGGUGUCAAGGAAAUUUUGGGUUCUAUCUUCUCUAUGGUUGAAAGAUUGGACGAUGAAUUUAGCAAAUCCCUUUUGAACAUUGACACUCGUUCCAGUGAAUACAUGGAACGUUUGAGAGAUGAACAAUCUAUUUACAAUUUGAUUAUCAGAUCCCAAUUGUACUUUGAACGUGUAACUGCAGAAGAACACCGCGAUAGACUUUUGGCCCGUGUCUUCAACAGAAGACUUGAACAUAUCUACUACAAGUCCGACAAGCUCAUCUCUAUUAUGGAAACCGUUGCAUGGAAACAAAUUCGUGAAGGAACUGCGUCCCUUGAAUCCUCUUUCGUUCGUUUGAAUGAAUCAGAUUCCGCAGAUGCCGAUUACAACUUCAAGGUCAUCUCUGAAUUGUCCGAUUUCUUAAUUAAACAAAAGAGUAACAACGUGUUCAACUACAGAAAAGGUACCUUGUACAAAACAUAUUAUAUUGCAUUGAACCAAGAAUACGCUCCAGCAAAGAAAAUAAUGCUUUCUUCCGAUAUUGCUAAAUUCAUUUCAGGCUCUGAUGCAGCAUUACAAAUUUUGUACAAUAGAUGUGUUAUUCAACUUGGUUUGGCUGCAUUUAAGGCUGGUUUAAUAAAUGAAUGUCACCAAGUUUUGAACGGUCUUUGUAUUAAUCCACAUCUAAGAGAAAUUUUGGGUCAACAAAGUUUACAAAGAGCUAAUGCGAACAGCAAUGUCGUGCAGGGUGCCCCUGUUGAACAAUUAUGUCUUCCUUUCCAUCAACACAUCAACUUGGAUCUAAUUGACACCGUCUACAUGACAUGUUCUUUAUUACUUGAUGUGCCUCACAUGGCAGCUUAUUACAGCGGUAUUAAGGUCAAGAGAAUCCCAGUUUUCCAAAAAUCUAUCCGCCGUAUUCUAGAGAGUUCAGAGAAAGCUAUUUUCCAUGGUCCUCCAGAAACUCUAAGAGAUCACAUUCUUUAUGCUGCAAAGUCAAUGCAAAAGGGUGAUUACUUACAAUCGAUCGAAUAUUUGAGGAAAAUUUCUGUGUGGUCUUUGUUGAGUAAAUCUGAUGAUAUCAUCAACCAACUAAGUGAAAAGGUUCAAAUUGAAACUUUGAAAACUUACAUUUUCACUUACAAGAGAUUCUACUCUAAAAUAUCCAUUUCUAAAUUAUCGAAAUUGUUUGAUCUUGAUAUCGAAAAGGUUUUGGCUGUAGCACAAAACAUCAUCAAUGAUUACGAAGUUAAAGCCAAAUUGGAUGAAAAUAACGAAUACAUUAUCUUCGAAAGAGGCGAAGAAAUCACAAAGUUAGAAGAAGUUGCCAUCAAGUUAGUUAAAGAAACCAAGUACCACUCUGAACGUUUACGCCAGUAA